AUGCCUGCCUCGGCCCUCACCGAAAACAUUAAAAUCCAGGAAAAUGGCGAGAAUACCCUGCAUCGAGAAGUCUCCCGCAGUCUGUCCUUGAGUACCUCUCCUCAUGAUACCUUCCACCAUCGCAAGAUGUCGAUGGGUAUGGAGGGCACUUCGCCCAACUUGAGAAGAACAACGACUGGGCCUAUGCCAAAACACCUGAAGCCGUUUCGAGAACAAGAUAUCAAGAUCCUGUUGCUGGAAAAUGUCAACCAGACGGGCAGAGAUAUUCUACAGGGCCAGGGGUACCAAGUCGAGUUCUUCAAGUCCUCCUUACCCGAGGAUCAAUUGAUUGAGAAAAUAAAAGACGUUCAUGUCAUUGGCAUUCGCAGCAAAACGAAACUUACCUCUCGCGUCCUCGCCGCUGCAAAGAACCUUAUUGUGAUCGGGUGCUUCUGCAUCGGAACAAAUCAAGUUGACCUGAAAUAUGCCGCCUCUCACGGGAUCUGUGUCUUCAACUCUCCCUUCUCCAACUCCCGCAGCGUCGCCGAGCUAGUCAUCUGCGAAAUCAUCGCAUUGGCCCGUCAACUGGGUGACCGCAGCAAUGAGAUGCACCGGGGAACUUGGAACAAAGUCUCGGCAAAGUGCUGGGAGAUCCGGGGCAAGACACUCGGCAUCAUAGGCUACGGACACAUUGGAUCUCAACUCUCGGUGCUUGCAGAAGCCAUGGGCAUGAACGUCAUUUACUAUGACAUUGUCAACCUGAUGGCCAUGGGCACAGCUCGACAAGUGCCUACGCUCGACCACUUACUCUCGCACGCAGACUUCGUGACGUGCCAUGUCCCUGAGCUGCCAGAGACCAUGAACAUGAUCGGCGCACACGAGCUCGGUACCAUGAAACAAGGAAGCUACCUGAUCAAUGCCUCGAGGGGUUCUGUCGUCGACAUCCCGGCCCUCAUCGACGCCAUGCGAGCCGGCAAGAUCGCCGGCGCCGCCCUCGAUGUCUACCCGGCCGAACCCGCAGGUAACGGCGACUACUUCACCAGCAACCUCAACUCCUGGGCCGAAGACCUACGGUCUCUCAAGAAUCUGAUCCUGACCCCUCACAUUGGCGGGUCGACGGAAGAAGCCCAGUCCGCAAUCGGGGUCGAAGUGGCGGAGGCACUCGUCCGGUACGUGAAUGAAGGCGUGACCGUCGGCGCCGUCAACAUGCCCGAAGUCAGCCUGCGCAGCCUAACUAUGGACGAGCCCAACCACGCCCGCGUCAUUUUCAUCCACCAGAACGUCCCUGGUGUGCUGCGCCGCGUCAACGAGAUCCUCGGCGACCACAAUGUCGACAAGCAAAUGACAGAUUCCCGCGGCGACGUCGCCUACCUCAUGGCCGACAUUAGCAAUGUCAAGGAAACUGAGAUCGCGGAGCUGUAUCGUGAAUUGGAGAGCCUGAGUGCCAGGAUCAUCACCAGGAUUCUUUAUUAA